AUGCACUGGAAAUCUACAAUACUCCCCUCCUCCCUCCUCCUUCUCCUCACAACAAUAACAGCAACAACUGCCCUCCGCACAACCAGAGUAACAACAACAUUCACACCAACCUGCCCCAACCCCAACCCAGCCGUCGAACCGGCAGACCUCGAGCUAAACGAAUCCUUCAGUAUAUCGCUCACGAUCCGCUCCGGGAUCUGUCAGCCCGUUCCUGUCCCCCUCCCCCUCCUGUAUCCCUCGGAAGUAAACCAUGUUUUUGUUUCUGCGUCAACGAGACAGGAGCAGCAGGGCGUGCUACGGGGGGCGAGAAGGGAGUGGGAGUGGCGGAGGGGAGGAGAAGGCGCGGAGGCAGAAAAGUGCGUGGUGAGGCUGUGGGAAAGUCCUGGGUGUCUUGGUGAUCCACUUCUAGUGGAGGAGGUUAGAGGGUCUUUGACGGGGGAGAAGAGUGAAUGCCGAGAGAGGAAGUUUUCUGCGUUGAAUGAGGUUUUUGUUCGGGUUGAUUGUGUGAGGGAGGAGAGGGAGAAGGAGAAGGGUGGAGUGCAUCACCCGAAGCUACAUGCGCCGGCUUUUGGGAAGCACUCGAAUGGUACCGCUGCCAGGAAUAGCACAAGUCCCUUGACGUGGAGGAGGCAGCGGAAGAGGUGGUCUCCCUGGAGGGCGUGA